AUCGCCGGAAUCAAUCCCAAUCCCAACCCCAAUUAACGAGUGAAGCAGAAAAGCAUGUCAGAUCUACGAGUUUCCCUCUCCUUUCCAAAUUCUCCGAUCUCCCUCCGUUCCAAUAAAUAACAUUAAUUCCCCAGCUAAUCAAAUCUUGAUUUCAUUGGCAAUGGAGAAAGAAACCGAACUCCGAGACCUCGAUUCCAAGCUGCCGCAUCUGGUCGACGAUGCCUCCGCCAAAGUCGACCGCCCACUACUCAAGCCGGAACGGUCGACGCCGGCAUCUACCGAGAGCAUCCAGGAACUCGAGAAGAAAUUCGCUGCUUACGUGCGCAACGAUGUCUACGGUCCCCUGGGACAAGGGGAACUCCCGUUCAAGGAGAAGCUCCUGCUUGGAAUCGCGAUUGUAACUCUGCUGCCAAUACGCGUGGUUUUGGCAAUGUCCAUAUUGCUUCUCUAUUACUUGAUUUGUCGGAUUUGCACGCUUUUCUCGGCGCCCAACCGGGAGGAUGAGCAGGAGGAUUACGCGCAUAUGGGCGGGUGGAGGCGGUCGGUGACCGUCCGCUCCGGAAGGUUAUUGUCUAGGCUUAUUCUUUUUGUGUUUGGAUUUUAUUGGAUUAACGAGACUUACAGAGAUUUAAGUGACAAUGAGAAAUCGGCCACUGAGAAUCAGAGCAAAGAUCAAUCAGAAGAGGCGGAAAGACCUGGAGCAAUAAUUUCGAAUCAUGUUUCAUAUAUAGAUAUAUUGUAUCACAUGUCUUCUUCUUUUCCAAGCUUUGUUGCCAAGAGAUCAGUGGCUAAACUUCCUCUAGUUGGCCUCAUCAGCAAAUGCCUUGGUUGCGUCUUUGUUCAGCGGGAGUCAAAGUCUUCUGACUUCAAGGGUGUUUCAGGGGUUGUGACUGAAAGAGUUCGUGAAGCACAUCGGAAAAAAUUUGCUCCAAUGAUGAUGCUUUUUCCGGAAGGCACAACUACAAAUGGAGAUCACCUUCUCCCAUUCAAGACUGGUGCCUUUCUGGCAAGAAUGCCUGUACUUCCAGUCAUAUUAAGAUAUCCAUACCAAAGAUUCAGUCCUGCCUGGGAUUCAAUCUCUGGGGUGCGUCAUGUAAUUUUUCUCCUCUGUCAAUUUGUAAAUUACAUAGAAGUGAUAAGGUUACCUGUCUACCACCCAUCACAAGAAGAGAAGGAUGAUCCAAAACUAUAUGCUAAUAAUGUCCGUAGAUUAAUGGCCAGGGAGGGUAAUUUGAUAUUGUCAGAUAUUGGACUGGCUGAGAAGCGAAUAUAUCUUGCUGCUCUCAAUGGUAAUAAUAGCCUGCCUAGUGUUUUGCAUCAGAAAGACGAUUGAUAAUUUCAUGGCCUCGCUCCCAAUGAUAUAUAGUCUCAGUUGAGUUUCUUAGUUUACAUCAGUAACUUCUCAUAAAUGCACUGUUGAAGCAAAGUGGGUGGUUAUCCUUUUCCCUCAUUAACCCAAAAAGAUGCUGGCGUGCAACCAUUGUCUUGUAAUUUUCCUAUUCAUUGUGCAAAGCGUGCUUAUGGAUCUAAUCUAGUUAGAUUAUCGAAUAGAAUUGAUACUGGUGCUUGUCUAAUGUUAUUCACAUUCUCAACAAGUUGACUAAUAAAUGCCCUUAAAGCAGUACCGUGCAUCUGUGAAUCUGAAGCAUCUCUUUGGUGUUCCUGCAGGUUUAUUUUGCCAAAGCUAAUUCGGAUACGCCGUAUCUAUAUUCUUUGUAUUAUUAUGUUAUUUAAGGAAAAGAUCUAAAUUCAUACAGGAAAUCUUGGGCAGAACCAGUCAACUUUUAUUGUCAUCAGUCAGUAUUUUACCUGGAGCUUAGCUGGCCUUCUCAAAGGGGGCUCUCUCUUCAUGUUUUGUUGAUAAAAAAGACAUCCAGCAGAUUCAAUAAUGUCAUUUGGGAGGAAGACGAUAAUGUUGCUAUCGCAGCUGCAUAGGCCUGGAGGUUUAAGUUUUAAUCUGCCAAUUUACUUCUAUCUCAGUGCUGCAAUGCAUGACUGAAGAAAUCAAAUGCAUGGACAACGGCCUUCUCCUAUUUGCAUCUAGAAUACACUUUUUCGUCCGCCUGCUUUGCAGUCAUAUUUUCCACAUAUGGAGUUGGAUCCUGGAUUGUCAAUAUGAACCAGGUCCAGCCUCUGCCGGGCAUGUUCUAUAAUUUCAAGACCAAAACCGAACAAAUUUGGGUGGGGGUGCAAUGCGUGCUCGCCAUGAUGUAACGGCCUCCAAAUCCACUAUAUUUCGGUGAAAUACUGAAAUUCCAAAUUAUACACUUUAUUCAUUCAAAUAAUUUUUUUUUUCUUAA